AAAAAGAGACAGCGACUGGGCAGUUGAGGACUUGCCAAAAAUAAACCGUCGAAGGGCGUUUCAGAACUAGUUCGUAAUCGGAAAGCAUAGAAACAUGUUUUUAGAAUUCGCGGCAGUUUUUGUACUCACCUCGACCCUUGCUUUGUUAUGGUAAAUUGCAUUACAGCCUGCUUCUUAAAAGCCUUAAAAUCACCAUACUCAGAAUGCCGUCAUCAGAUGUUAUGUCAAGUGUUCGUUAUAUUCAAAGAUGAAACAUGCUUCGUACAAGAUUAUUUUAUAUGUGACUUUCAUGAGUUUUUCAAGAUUAUAUGUGACUUGCAUACGUUUUUCAAGAUCAUAUGUGACUUACAUACGUUUUUCAAGAUUAUAUGUGACUUGCAUAAUUAUUUCCAUGUAAUUGGAGUUAUUUCAGAUUUUAUAGUGAGACUCUCACCAGUUUGUUUUGUCUUACGACAUACUGAAUGUUACUUUGAGCAGCAUCGAACUUAGGGCCUAGUAUCCCAUAGGGCCAGACUGUGCCAGGGCCUAGGCCGCAGCAGGAGGGUGGCGUGUAUACAGAGGAAAUAACAACCAAAGAUUUACAAAUUGUUCAGUUUUAUUUUGAAAAAGGACACACAAAAGGCGUUAGUAGUGUAGAUUUGAAUUAAAAACACAACGUGGUUCAAAGAUUUUAUAGAUUGUAUUAGGUGAUUAUGUUUAAAAAAACAAACAAACUAUUAUAUAGUGUUUAGGACAUUAUAAAUACAAUUUUCUUGAGGGGUGGGUGUGGACUGGACGUUGAGGUAUGUGCUUUGGUCUAUGGCGUAGAAAAUGUUCAAAGAUGACCCCCGUGGGCAUUAUAGAUUAAAAAAGAAUCGAUUAUAACGUGUACAUCGGCGUAAUAGGGUCAUGGUCAGGAUCCCUGAUGACUGUUACAUUUACAAAUAGAUUACUAAUUAAAAUUUGAUAAAGUCGGGUUGGGAGCAAAACACCUUGAGUCCCUUUUACCGUGAUUAUUAAAGUGAUCUCUAGGCUGUCAGUCAUGAUUAACUAACAAAUAUUUUUUGUUUAUAACAUAGAGCCGAAUCUCUUCACAAUAAGUUUGAAGGCCAUCCAUACAUGACGUCACGCUAUUUUGGCAGAUUUUUUUACACCCCCCCAUCUCCCCAAGUCGUCCCAAAUUAGACACUCACUCAAUACAGAGUGACGAAUUCAUGAUCUCCGUCAUCGUUCCCUCAAUUUUCCCCCUUUCGAUUUUAUAAACAUGCAUGAUACUUUAUUUAUUUGAUGACUAAGGACCUACACUGACUGACUCAACCCUAGUCUCCUACAGAUUUCAGGCACCUCUGUAACAAUCUAAAUUCUUGUCUCUUACAAAUGCAGGCACCUCCAUUACCACUUCAGCCAAUUCAAAAGGCUGGGUAUCCAAGGCCCAAGACCAAGUCUCUUCUUUGGUAACCUAAUGGAAAUACGCUCCAAGGUAACCAGUAUUUUUCACUUGUCUUUUUUCCCAUGUUGCCUAGUAACCAAGCAAUCGCUUGGCAGUAGAAAAUAAGCCAUACAUUGUCAGUAGUAUUUUUAGACAUUUAAAACAUGACCGUGUGUUUCUUACACUCACAGCUUUUAUUCUGAUUUUAACCACUUUCGUUUUUCAUUUAUGAACAAUUUAUCGUCUGAUUUCUCUAAUAGCCCGUAACUUGUUAUUGCUAUUAAAUCCCAUCUCUAUAAUUAGAGAGUUCCCUGAGAGUUUAUACUGUUUAAUUGAAAUAAAUACUUUCAUGAUCAACUAAUUGUCUUUACUCUUCAUAACUCCACCCUGCCACAUCCUGAAGAGGGUGAAAGACUAGGAAGGGGAGAUAUGAAUAUGAAAUAAAGUAUACACAAUUAACAUUUUGAUAUGGUGAACGCUAUGCUUUUCCCAAAAUAAAAUAUCCCCAAGGAUGUUUUCCCAUUUCUUACGGUGUCAUGUUACAUGUAUUUGCGUUCCAGGGCCAGUUUCAAGCAUUGAAAGACUGGACCAAGUUAUACGGCGACGUGUUUGGCUACUUUGAAGGCUACACCCCUGUCAUGGCCGUCAGUGACCCGGACAUCUUGAGAAACGUGCUACUGAAAGAUGCUUCGAAUUUCAUGAAGAGAAAAGUUAGAAUCCGUCUGUUUUCUGUCUAUUCAAGCAAUGAAUGUUAUCGACGAUCUGCUGUACGCUGUUCAUAUUUGUUAUAGAAACCCUAAAACUCUCUUCGCUUUUUCAGCUGCUUUUGUCUCCAUAUGUCUACCAAUAAUUGAAGACCUACUAUGUGCUAGGUGUCAGGAAAACGCUGGUUCUUAAUUGUCUUCAAGGAGAAAGCAUUAUUCCAAUAAUUUUGACUCCAAAUGUGCUAGACGCCAGGGAAACCUGGUUCUUAAAAAAAAAAAAGUGGUUACGGUAAUGCUUGGGGGGGGGGGGAAGGGGGGGGAAGGGUCCAUGUCGAAUUCAAUAUAUUUUAAAACAUACAUUAGUCCUUAGAAUAUAGAAGAGACCAAACGUUUAAAAUGGUUUUAUGGUGUUGAUUGAUUCGUAUAUAAAAAAAAUUAAAUGAUGUUUGGAAAUAUGAAAAAUUAAUUAAUUAAUUUAUACAUAGAUUAAAAAAAAUAUUGAACGCUCAUUAAAGAAUUAAUAAUAGUUGUCUAUAGCAAAAAUGUUUACAGCCUUUCCCAUUAGCACCUCGAAAAAGUCUGGGUCUGUUUUUGGAAGACGGCCAACAAUGGAAACGGAGCAGAGCGCUCCUCACACCUGCCUUCAGCACUGGCAAACUUAAGAAGGUAACUCAUUCGCACACUGGUAAACUUAAGAAGGUAACUCAUUCGUACCCUUUGGAAGGUAGCCCAAUGAUUCACUGGCAAAAUUACGAAGGUAACUCGCUCAUACCCUGUCAAACUCAAAAGGUAACUCAUUCAUACCCUCGAAAAUUCAAAAAGCUAACUCAUUCAUACCCUGGGAAAACUCAAGAAGGUUAACGCACUGGUCCAAUUGCAAACUGGAAAAUAUAAAUCAUUCAUUCACUGGAAAACUGAUAACUGAAAGCAAUGUUUUUUUAACGUUAUAAUAUUACUAAAAGAAGACAGUUAAAGCUUUAUUACAAUAUAUUUAUAGAAAUUUCAUUGGUUGCGAGAAGACAAUUUUAAUUAAAAAUCAAAAGUAUUUUUUUUAAUAGCAAAAAUAAAACAACACAAAUAAAGUCAACGACACAAAUAAAGUCAACGACACAAAUAAAGUCAACGACACAAAUAAAGUCAACGACACAAAUAAAGUCAACGCCAUAAAUAAACUCAACAUUACAAGAGAAGCAAAUUUGAACCUUUUCCUACACAGUAGAGUAACAAUGGAAGCAGGCGACAAAAUGACAUACACAAUAAAUUUAGUGCAAUAAAUCCACUUUGAUCACCAGAUGACACCAAUCAUGUCUGAAGCUGCUGAUAUACUUGUGGAGCGUUUAGUGGAUAGAGCCAAAGAACAGAAAAGCAUGGAUAUAUACAGGUAGAGUUACGAACAGCUAGUAUAUAAUUUAUUCGCAAUAAAACAUAAAAUAAACCUUUAUAAAAAUCAUAAAACGGAAACAACUAUUUUUAAAAUGAAGCAUAAUAACGGUGAUAGUGUUGCUGCUUCUACUUAAUGUUAUAGAGUCCAUUUCUUAUCAUUCUCUUAUUUGGAAGCUCUCGUCAUUAAUAACAACAUAUUCUUAGCGUCUUUCAGUCCCUGACACUGGAUGUCAUCGGGCGAUGUGCCUUUGGCCUGAAGACCAAAGCCCAGGUGGACGAGAAGGACGUGUUCCUCGUCAAGAUAAGAAGUCUGUUCCACACCAUGAGUACCACAGUCAUAGAACCCAUUGUCAGUAAGUAUGAACUAUCCACUAUGAUCACCACCGUUAUAGAACCCGUUGCUAGAAUGUAUGAACUACACACACUGAUCACCACAGUUAUAGAACCCAUUGCUAGUAUGCAUGAAUUGCACACACUACGAUCACCACAGAUAUAGAACCCAUUGCUAGUAUGCAUGAAUUGCACACACUACGAUCACCACAGUUAUAGAACUCAUUGCUAGUAUGCAUGAAUUGCACACACUACGAUCACCACAGAUAUAGAACCCAUUGCUAGUAUGCAUGAAUUGCACACACUACGAUCACCACAGUUAUAGAACCCAUUGCUAGUAUGCAUGAAUUGCACACACUACGAUCACCACAGUUAUAGAACUCAUUGCUAGUAUGCAUGAAUUGCACACACUACGAUCACCACAGAUAUAGAACCCAUUGCUAGUAUGCAUGAAUUGCACACACUAUGAUCACCACCGUUAUAGAACUCAUUGCUAGUAUGCAUGAAUUGCACACACUACGAUCACCACAGUUAUAGAACCCAUUGCUAGUAUGCAUGAAUUGCACACACUACGAUCACCACAGUUAUAGAACCCAUUGCUAGUAUGCAUGAAUUGCACACACUACGAUCACCACAGAUAUAGAACCCAUUGCUAGUAUGUAUGAAUUACACACACUAUGAUCACCACCGUUAUAGAACUCAUUGUUAGUCAGUAUGAACUAUCCAAACUAUGAUCGCCAUAGUUAUAGAACCCAUUGUCAGCAGGUAUGACCUAUCUACACUAUGAUCACCAAAAUUAUAUAACCCAUUGUCAGUAUGGAUUCCCUAUCCAAAUAAUGAGUUUAAAGGUCGAUGUCCAUUGACAUCAUUAAUUAAUUCUCAGUUAAUCUGUCAGCAUCAAAGAAACCAAACCACUACUAAAUAAAAUUAAAGUCAUCACACUCAUUUCGGUUUGCAGCAAUUCUGAGAAACACUACUAACGACAUCACAAGCAGUUUGCCUCUUGCAUAUGAAGAGUUUGUUUCAGUUCUUUGAGCUGGUUACGUUUUUCAUCAGAACAGAACCAUGCUAAGUACAUGUACAUGUUUCGUGCAGGAUAUGCAGCUCCAAAGUUGAUCUGUUAAAAAAAUAAACAAUAAAAAAUGUGGAGAGAAAAAACAACGGACUAAUUUUUAUCGUGCUAAACUUUCGCUGGCAUCUGUCAAAGGUUGCAUGUGUGGAAAAGGGAUUUAGAAAAUACUCCGCAUUGUUUUCGAACCAAAUAUAGUUUGGAAUAUCUGAUGCGAUAAGGUUAUCCAGACACGAGACUUUCCAUUUUACACGACUGCAGACAUCCCCAAUCAAGGCACACUUGAAGAUCUUGACCGCCCAAAAUAAAAGAAGUUCAAGUGUCUAAAGGUGUUCACCUGCAGGCGACAGGUAGCUCUACAAAAUUUUAUUUUUACAACGGAAUUCUUUAUUUGGAAGCGCUAUAAUUAAAUUUCGAGAACAACAGGAACAUGAAAGAACAAUGGCGCCACCAAGCGGUUGGUUGGUCAACACUAAGACAUUUAACUCGCUCUUUAACUUGUUUAAAUUGUUGAACUUGUUUCUUAACUUGUUUAAAUUGUUGAACUUGUUUCUUUACUUGCUUAAAUCUUUGAAAUUUUUCUUUAUUGUGUUGAACUUAUUUCGUAAAUUAUUUAAAAAGUUUGAACUUGUUACUUAAAUUGUUGAACUUGUUCCAUAGCUUGUUUAAAUUGUUGAGCUUGUUCCAUAACUUGUUUAAGUUGUUUUUAUUCAACCCACGAUCUUGAGAUAACAAAUAUAUUUCUGUUCUCUAAAGUGGCCGUUCCAUGUUUGUCCUACUUCAUCUUUGCACUCAAGAACAUGGUGUUUUUAUUUGGGAUGAAUCCUGUUGUGUGGCUGAGAAACUCCAUGCGAGACGUCAUCAGGGUCAGAAAGUCUCUAGGGGUAAGGAGGUCUUUGCAAUAUUUUGUCAUUAUUAGAGGAAUUAAAAAAGUAAACUACACAAUCUUUAAUAUUCUCCAUGAUAUCUUUGUAUCAGAUGAACUAACGCGAUAGAGAGUUAACUGAUUUGAAUACUCCUCAAUACGGCAGAUAGUGAACUAAAUAUUGUACCAUUUGUUACACCAAGUAUAUUACUCCCACUCAGGGCCGUGCAGGCGAUUUUUGGGCCCCGGGGAAAUCUAAAUUUUGGGCCCCCACAAAUUUAAAAAUAAUUAUAAAAACGUAUUGAUAUCCGCCCUGGGAGCCCCCCCCCCCCCCCCCCCCAAGUGGACAGUGUUCAGAGUGAUAUACUCAGAUGCAUCGGCCUCUGCACGGCCUGCUCGGACUUGGAACUAAACGUCCUUGUAACUGUAAUAUUUUUUGUCAGAUCGAUUUUCAUCUCAAUAAUUCUGGUUACAGCUGAAGAAGCAACCCCCCCCCCUUUCUCUAUGUAAAAACAAUCACAAUUCUAGACUAAACUCAAUUAAAGCAUUAUGGUUCAGCCAGGUGCUAAUUAAUUUUAACAUUUUGUUUUAGCCAAAUAAAAUUCAGAUUCCGUGGAUGAUAAAAAUUGGCUAGAUCAAAAUCAUUUUUUCCCCUUCUAAAUAUGUCUUCCCUAGCCGAAUGCCAACAUCAUUGACCUGGUCCAGCUGAUGCUGUUCCCAGAAAAGCAUCAGCACGACGCCUGCACGGACCCCCAUGUUGGCUUGACGGAGCGCGAGAUUGUGGCCCAGAGCAUGACGUUUCUGCUGGCGGGCUACGAGACGACCAGCGCUGUGCUGGCCUACUUCUGUCACGAGAUGGCCAAAAAUCCCGACAUCCAGGAGAGACUUUACCGGGAGAUUCGAGAUCACAUUGAGAAGGUAUAGAACAUUUACCAGACAGGUAAAAUAAAAUGUUUGACGUUGCCGUCUUCCAAAUAGGAUAAUUGAUACCUAGGCGAUGAUACAACAUGGAACCGAAUCUUCUCAACAAUUUAAGUUUAUUGGUAGUGUUUACUGUAGUUCAUUCAGAUUUCUCGACAAUAUCAAGUUUUAAAAGAUAACACAUCAAUAUUUUUUUAAAUGCUUUUCCAAAAUAUCAUAUUUAGGGAUAGACUGUCGCUUGGCGUGUUAGGAUCGUAUGGCAAUUUAAUUUAUUUCAUAAAAAUUUUGAAAGGUUUUCAUGUGGACCAAGACGUUGUGUAAAAACUAAUUUCUCUAAUCAUAAUGUUUGAAAAACAAGAAAAUACUUGUAGAAUUUCAGUUGAAACGCUGAAGACAUAAAAUAACUUGGAUCUUAUAAUAUUAAGUCUUUAUUUGGGGUAUGGUAGUUUUUUUUCAGUGUUCAAAUAAUCCUGCUUUGUAAAUAACGUUUGUUUGUAUUGUCUAUCCGUGUCAGGACGUCAAUUAUGAAUCUAUUCAAGAUCUCCAUUUCUUUGAUGCCGUGUUUGAUGAAGUGUGUCGGAUGUACCCAACGGCCUCAUUGUAAGUCAUUACCUAAAUAACGGUCUCAUUGUAAGUCAUUACCCAAAUAACGACCUCAUUGCAAGUCAUUACCUGAAUAACGGCCUCAUUGUAAGUCAUUACCCAAAUAACUGCCUCAUUGCAAGUCAUUACCUAAAUAACAGCCUCAUUGUAAGUCAUUACCCAAAUAACUGCCUCAUUGCAAGUCAUUACCUAAAUAAGGGCACACUUAAGGUAAUAAAUUGCGUCAAUUUUGGUAAUAACCGAAAUAACGGUAUAUCUGUAAAACAUUAUCUAACCAAUGGCAAGCAAAUCACUUUUUGUUCCCCAUCAUUGUCUGCACCCACCAUUGUUUUGUUCCAAAGCAUUGCCUGCAUCUACCAUUGUUUUGUUACCCAUCAUUGUCUGCAUCCACCAUUGUUUUGUUCCCCAGCAUUGCCUGCAUCUACCUUUGUUUUGUUACCCAUCAUUGUCUGCAUCUACCAUUGUUUUGUUCCCCAGCAUUGUCUGCAUCCACCAUUGUUUUGUUCCCCAGCAUUGCCUGCAUCUACCAUUGUUUUGUUCCCCAGCAUUGUCUGCACCCACCACUGUUUUGUUCCCCAGCAUUGCCUGCAUCCACCAUUGUUUUGUUCCCCAGCAUUGUCUGCAUCUACCAUUGUUUUGUUCCCCAUCAUUGUCUGCAUCCACCAUUGUUUUGUUCCCCAGCAUUGUCUGCACCCACCACUGUUUUGUUCCCCAGUAUUGCCUGCAUCCACCACUGUUUUGUUCCCCAGCAUUGUCUGCACCCACCACUGUUUUGUUCCCCAGCAUUGUCUGCACCCACCAUUGUUUUGUUCCCCAUCAUUGUCUGCAUCCGUCAUUGUUUUGUUCCCCAUCAUUGUCUGCAUCCACCACUGCCUAUUUCCCCAGCAUUGUCUCCAUCCACCUUUGUUUAUUUCCCCAGCAUUGUCACACGACAAGCUGCAGAAGAGCGUCAGUACGGUCACGUGACCAUACCAGCCGGGAUGAACAUACUGGCGAACGUGUGGGCACUUCACAGGGACGAGAGAUACUGGACUGACCCAGAAACUUUCAAUCCUGAUAGGUGGGUUGACGUCAUACUAAAAACAAUUUAACUGAUGGCGGGGGACCAAAAAAAAAAAGGAAAUGGGUGAGGGGGGGGGGGGGGGGGGGGGGGGGCUGCAGUGCCGUAGUGUAGCCAGUGGGUGAGCAGAGGUAACCACCGCUCCCAUGCGACCAUUAUUGAAGAAAAAAAUUGGGUCUUCUCAAGGAUAUUACUUUUAAUCCCGGUUUGUAGAGAGCUUAUUGUUUUCAAAACCUUUGUUUAAUUAAAAAAAAAAAAGAUUAACAUCUGUGUAAUUUCUGGCGAUAAAUGAGUGAACACGACAUAAGAUGACGUUAAGCAACAUUGACGAAACCAACAAUGCUACUCCACUGACUGUCUUGUCCGCUCCUUGAUGGUAACACAGGUCUAAUGGGAAUGGCAUAGCUAAUAAAGAAAACCGCUUUUGGAAUGAGUUUGUAUUGUGUAAAGAUAAGCCACCUGGUUCACCAUUCCAAUGUGUGACCUCGCAUCUCUUAUGCUUCUCUUCUAUUAACUGUAGAAUUAUGAAAAAAUACAUUCCGGUUACCGUCAAAAUGCAUCACUGGAUUUUCAAUUUUCUAGGGAUGGGGCUGUGCCAUAAAAGCACCAAAAACAAAAAUGAUUAUUUUUUUCCCCGAAAGAUAACGUAUAUAAUAUCAGUAUUUUCAAAAGGCUAGUGAAUAUCUUUGGUUAGAAAUCGGUCCAAAAUUUCGGGACCUGUAUGCAAGUCAAGUUAAACAAAGAAUAAUUAUAUCAUGUUACAAUACUGGAAAAACCUAACUUUUAAGGCUGACGUGGAUUUAUCAAAAUCAUUAAAUAAUGGAGAACUAAGUGAUGGCAGUUCAGUGUUGUAAGUGUUAAACUGCUGAAAUUAUGUUUGCUUUUUGGCGCACAAACAAACAGAGGACUUUUGAUUCUUUAAACCGGAUUUUAAAAAAAUAAAAAAUUAUGCGCUGCUGUUUUCUGUGGAUUUUAAAUAUUUCACUCAAAUUUUACGUUUCAUUUUUGUUAUCAACAAGCAGGAGUAAAGAGCAAGCUUCAUAAUCGUAACUCAUGUUUUUACCGAUUAGUAAUGUAAAGAAAUAUUUUCUUAAUUGCAAAAGUAAAUUAAAAAAAACCUAUGUUUCAUGUAACGAUGGUGAUGGGACAAAAAACCACUGAAUUUGCAGCCCCCCCCCCCUUUUUUUCAAAGGGGCUGCCCGGGGCGGGAGCACACUUCGCCGUCUUAGGUUAGCCAGGUGGGUGGGGAGGGGGGUCACACUCAAGUAAAGUAAUAUUUUUUUAAUUGCAAAAGUAAAUUAAAAAAAACCUAUGUUUCAUGUAACGAUGGUGAUGGGACAAAAACCCACUGAAUUUGCGGCCCCCCCCCCCCUUUUUUUCAAAGGGGCUGCCCGGGGCGGGAGCACACUUCGCCGUCUUAGGUUAGCCAGGUGGGUGGGGAGGGGGGUCACACUCACAACAUUUAGGUUGAGUCUUGCUUGCCACAUGCGUGUAUCUUAAUUUAACUUACGAUAGUAACACUCGUCGGAAUGAUCUCUCUCGAUCGGCCAUUAAUCUUCGUAGUGAGAACGGUUUGGAUUUUGUGCAGUUAUUUCCCCUUGUGCUGAUACUUGCCAGGGUUGUGAUUCCAACAUUGUGCACUCAGGCUCCUCGCGUCAUUCACGACCAUCGAACACAUUCAUCAACAAACGUAUUCACUGAUUCAGUGCGUGCCUAGUGUUUUUGACAUGACGGGUCACGCCCUCUCUAUGUAGUUUUGUACAAACUUAAAAAAGAAAACACCAGCAAACAGGUAGUGUGUGCUCAAUUGCAUUUCACAUGUUUAAGGAGUAGUUUUAGGAUAGAAAGAUAGUGAAUCCAACCACACUCCUUACACAGAAUAUUUGUAAAAUAUUUAAAUUAUGAUUGACGAUUGGUCAAUAAAGAUGGACAAUGAUUUCAAUUCAUUAAAUAAAUACCAAAUAUAGCAAAUAAUAGACACCAAGAUGUCAAUUCAAACAAUAAACACCAAGAUUUCAAAUCAGACAAUAAACACCAAGAUAUCGCAACAAAUAAUUAACACCAAGAUUUCAAUUAAAAUAAUGAACACCAAGAUUUCAAAUAAUAAACACCAAGAUUUCAAAUCAAUAAUGAACACCAAGAUUUAAAUUGAAACAUUAAACAUCAAAAAUUUAAAUCAAACAGUAAACACCAAGAUUUCAAAUCAAAUAAUUAACACCAAGACUUCCAUUCAAACAAUAAAAACACCAAGAUUUCAAAUCUAAAAAUGAACACCAAGAUUCCAAUAUAAACAGUAAACACCAAGAUUUCAAUUCAAAUAAUAAACACCAAACAGCAUUAACAUCGUGACGCAAUCUCCGGCCGCUGGGAUCUUUCCUGACGAUGAGUCACAGUCAGUGAUUUAAUCUGAACAUGAUUUGAAAUCUCGCAUCGUCAACAACCUACAUGGGCUGAAAAGGUUAUUUCCCUUUAGUAUAGUUGUUGCCGAAUUGACGCUCACAGUUUUAGAAGCGCUGUGUUAACUAAGCGUAAACCAUCGGCGUGAAGCAGGGGCGUAGCUAGAGUUAGUGCCGUCCGGGGGCGGGAAAAGUAUUUUACCGCCCCCCCAUUCCACGAAUAAAACACUGCAGUUGGCCGAAAAUGCCGCCACUCAACACAAGGGAAAAGGCGACUCCCGGGGGGGGGUGUGGAUCAUUACCUCCGCACCCUUUCUUACACACCACUGGUGUGAAGGUGUCCACACAUUCCAGAGAUGCUCCACGUCCGGAAGAAAAGUAAACAAUAAAAUCACCAAGCGUUACAGCAGUAAGAUGAAAAAAACUCUCGCUAGCAAGCUCCCCCCCCCCCAAAAAAACUCUCGCUAGCAAGGCCCACCCCCCCCCCAAAAAAAAAAUGUUCAAAAGAAGGAAAAAUACGCACAUUUUGUUUUCUUAAAGGCGGAAGAUUUAAUCGCGUCAUCGAUUUUUGUUACGCCCAAGUAACGUCGCCAAAUUUGUUACUGACUCUUUGCUAGUGAGUGAUUCUGUUACGUCAUUGUUUAGCCUAUCUUUAACUUUAAAUACAAAAAAAAUUAAAUUAGGGGGCAAGCAAGCAGGGAUCAUCAGUUCCUCGAAUUUAAAAUAGCAAUCAUUUGUGUAACGUCUUCGUUGCAGUGAUCCAAGUGUCAAUAAGUUUUAAAUAAUUAAAGGUGGUCCAGCGGUCUAACUAAACUGACUCAACCCAAAUAGCUGGUGUUCAUUCCCCACCAAAGCCAUUACAAGCAAAAACGUCUCAAGCACCCCGGAUGGAUUACUCUCGUUAACGAUGGACGGCAACUCAUCUCAGAGAAGGCGAACUCUGAAUUCAAACCAGGAGCCAGAAUGAUCAAUAAAUUGAUCGUGUGUCCUCAAAAUAUAGUUUUAAGUAAUUUGUUUAAAAAAAAAAAAUUCUGGGUACAUCUAUUUCAAGAAAAGUAUUCAGCGAAUUCGUUUGAUGUUAGAAGAUUGUAAUUAAAUUUCUACACCCAAGCAUGUACAAAGUCUGUGUACCAUUUACACAACACUCCUAAAACAUAAUCCAUUCUUGUUGGUACAUUUCUUUUUACAAAUUCUUCAUCUUACAUGUACGGGUGGGGGUGGACACGGUCAUAUAAACAACAGGAUUGUCAUUUUAUAAUCACCAUGCAUUUUACACAAGAAAUUAUUUAUCACGCCAGCCCAACCAUCUAAACACCUAACCAUUUAACCACCUAUCUAACCACCUAACCAUCUAACCACCUGACCAUCUAAUUACCUAGCCAUCUAACCAUCUAACCAUCUAAUGACCUAACCAUCUAACAACCUAACCACCUAACCAUCUAACAUCUAACCAUCUAACCAUCUAACAACACUGUCACAUGAAACAGGCGUCAUUGCCUCAAAUGCCUAUAAGGCAGAUUACUACAGGAUCCCCCCCCCCCCCCCCCCACAAACAAAAAAAAUAAAAAUAAAAAAAAAUAAAAAUAAAAUAAAUAAAUAAAUAAAUGAAAUACACUGAACUUGCUCUAACUUACGCAUUCUUAACCACUGCCUUGCACAGGUUCAUGGACGAACCCCACUGCAAGAAAUCGACGUUCACUUACAUCCCGUUCGGAGCCGGCCCCAGACACUGCAUUGGAAUGCGCUUUGCUACGAUCGAGGCGAAAAUCACCAUUGUCAAGGUCAUUCAAAACUUCCUCAUUGAAAAGGCAGCAGAUACUCGGGUAAGGUGGACAUUUGGAGAAAACUAGUUUUAAUUAUUUUUGGGGAAAAGUUUAUAUUAGUAGUUUUUUUUCUUUAGUAAUUUAACAAGCCAUAAAAAGUCAUUUUAAUUAGCCCCAUUAUUAUUUAUUUUCACAUUUUAACCCCAAAAAAAUUAUUGCAGGACGACCUUGAACUUUUCUCCAGGGGAGCCAUUGUACCUAAGGACAAAGUCAAUGUGAAGGUCACACGAAGAGUGACCACCAGCAGAAGGAGAAUGGUGAGACACUGCUAGCCCUGACGGCAAUCUAGCGGCAUCUCGUGUCGUUACUGCACUUAGUACUCGGUACUUCCAUGAUGGGUCCAGUGGCUAUUGCCCGAACCCUGAGAGGCAGCUCUAGGGAUGACGAGCCCCCCAGACUUAAUGCGAGUGUGGGACCCCAUCCCAGAGGAUGCCAUUGUAUUGAAUCCAAACAACAUUUAAUCUCAAAGACAGAAGCUAAAGCAAGUUGGAUGUAUCGUAAAUCGGAACAAAUUUUCAUAUGAAAUAUCUGCAACAAUGGCCAUUGUUUCCUGAGCGCAUACAAUCUUAUCAAAACACUUAAAAACACAAUAAAAAUUGGACAGUUAGACAGCACAACCCGGUGGUGUGAGAAAAUAAAAAGAACUGUAUGUAAUAAGAAAUUAUUUCAUUUCUAAAAUUCUGAUGAGGCUAUUAUGAACUUCUCCCCCCCCCCCCAUAUGACGUCAUCAGUUUGUUAAUGUUGUUGACCCUUAUCCUGACGUUGCGAGCCAGAGGCGUGUAUGACAACACAACCCGGUGGUGUGAGAAAAUAAAAAGAACUGUAUGUAAUAAGAAAUUAUUUCAUUUCUAAAAUUCUGAUGAGGCUAUUAUGAACUUCUCCCCCCCCCCCCCAUAUGACGUCAUCAGUUUGGUAAUGUUGUUGAACCUUAUCCUGACGUUGCGAGACAGAGGCGUGUAUGACAAGAUUUGGUCAAUGGUAGCAUGAGACCAACGUCAGAUGUAUCAUACAUGGUGACUACGGUGUCUAGUACACACGCCGUGUGGAAAUUCGCUCAUGGUUCUUUUGCAAUCGGCCACUAACAUCAAUUGUGACAUCUGAUCUGACAAGACAAGGGGGACGGGACGUUCGCCUUCCAACACGUAUUGAAAAUAAGAAGAACGUUGUCAAAUGUGAGAUCAGAUCGUAUUGAAAUUUUGUCUUUUAAUAAGAAGUUUUCUUUCUCCAUUUUUAUUUUUAAAAAACAACAACAUAUUUUUAUCAUGUACAUUUAAUAAAUUUAAAUAACUUGUAUUCAACACAAAAAUUCAAUACACGAAUCUUUCAACUAUGAAAUAUUUAUAUUUUUGCUAGAAUAAGAAUAGCCAAUAUAAAUACCCAAAUUAGUC